CCCCCCCCCCCCCCCCCCCCCCCCCCCCCACCCCCCCCCCCCCCCCCCCCCCCCCCCCCCCCCCCCCCCCCCCCCCCCCCCCCCCCCCCCCCCCCCCCCCCCCCCCCCCCCCACCCCCCCCCCCCCCCCCCCCCCCCCCCCCCCCCCCCCCCCCCCCCCCCCCCCCCCCCCCCCCCCCCCCCCCCCCCCCCCCCCCCCCCCCCCCCCCCCCCCCCCCCCCCCCCCCCCCCCCCCCCCCCCCCCCCCCCCCCCCCCCCCCCCCCCCCCCCCCCCCCCCCACCCCCCCCCCCCCCCCCCCCCCCCCCCCCCCCCCCCCCCCCCCCCCCCCCCCCCCCCCCCCCCCCCCCCCCCCCCCCCCCCCCCCCCCCCCCCCCCCCCCCACCCCCCCCCCCCCCCCCCCCCCCCCCCCCCCCCCCCCCCCACCCCCCCCCCCCCCCCCCCCCCCCCCCCCCCCCCCCCCCCCCCCCCCCCCCCCCCACCCCCCCCCCCCCCCCCCCCCCCCCCCCCCCCCCCCCCCCCCCCCCCCCACCCCCCCCCCCCCCCCCCCCCCCCCCCCCCCCCCCCCCCCCCCCCCCCCCCCCCCCCCCCCCCCCCCCCCCCCCCCCCCCCCCCCCCCCCCCCCCCCCCCCCCCCCCCCCCCCCCCCCCCCCCCCCCACCCCCCCCCCCCCCCCCCCCCCCCCCCCCCCCCCCCCCCCCCCCCCCCCCCCCCCCCCCCCCCCCCCCCCCCCCCCCCCCCCCCCCCCCCCCCCCCCCCCCCCCCCCCCCCCCCCCCCCCCCCCCCCCCCCCCCACCCCCCCCCCCCCCCCCCCCCCCCCCCCCCCCCCCCCCCCCCCCCCCCCCCCCCCCCCCCCCCCCCCCCCCCCCCCCCCCCCCCCCCCCCCCCCCCCCCCCCCCCCCCCCCCCCCCCCCCCCCCCCCCCCCCCCCCCCCCCCCCCCCCCCCCCCCCCCCCCCCCCCCCCCCCCCCCCCCCCCCCCCCCCCCCCCCCCCCCCCCCCCCCCCCCCCCCCCCCCACCCCCCCCCCCCCCCCCCCCCCCCACCCCCCCCCCCCCCCCCCCCCCCCCCCCCCCCCCCCCCCCCCCCCCCCCCCCCCCCCUGUAAGAUCUACGAAAGAAGUGCAGAAAACAAGCGCUGGGGGACGCCACAGAACACAGCCAACGCAAGCAACAAGGCCUGCGCCGGGUCAGCCGCGCACAGUCAGCUCCGGCCGAAGCGCCCGCGAAAAGUUGCCUUUGAAAGUUGCAAAGGGACCCGGUGA